CAUCGGUCAGCGUCCAAUUCAUAAAAUAUUUUUAUUUAUUUCGAUUAUCGAAGUAAAACACAAAUUAUAAAGAAAUAACUGUAUUCAUCAAGAAUCCUGUUUUAAAUAACUAUCAUAUUGAAGUUAUAUUAUCAUGGCUGAUGUUUUAGACAUUGAAAAUUCUGAGGAAUUUGAGGUUGAUGAAGAUGGGGAACAGGGAAUUGCCCGUCUGAAGGAGAAGGCGCGAAAACGCAAAGGCCGUGGUUUUGGUAAUGAGGCUGGCAGUGGUGGUGCCGAGAGGGGGAACAGAGGAAGAUACGAUAGUCUAGCUCCGGAAGGGGAUGGCAAUACCCCAGGCCCCCAGCGGUCUGUGGAGGGUUGGAUUCUAUUUGUCAGCAACGUUCAUGAAGAAGCUCAAGAGGAAGACAUACAGAAUCAGUUUUCUGAAUUUGGAGAAAUUAAGAAUAUUCACUUGAAUCUGGAUCGGCGUACUGGUUUCCUCAAGGGUUAUGCUCUGGUGGAGUAUGAAACAUACAAACAAGCAGCUAGUGCUCGCGAGGCAUUGGAUGGGGCCGAUAUCCUAGGACAGGCUAUCUCAGUGGACUGGUGUUUCGUCAAGGGACCAACUAAAUCUCACAAGAAGAGGCGAUAGACUUUGCACAUAUUUUAUUCUUCUACUAUUAGAAGUUUAAUGUAUCGCACCUAACAUGCCAAAGUGACUGUGAAGUCCCUUUAAAACUUUACUCAUUCAUGCAGUUGUUGAAAUAUUGAAUCAAUGUUCUUUU